AUGACAAAGUUGAUGAUGGAAUCGGUGGAAAGGUCAGUUGUGAAGCCACUGAUUAAUUUGAUUGAUGGAGGAGGUGGAGUUGCUGAUGUUAACGUUGAUGAACAUAUGACCAACUUCACAAGAGGUGCAAUGUCAAGGCUAUGUUUCGGGAGCAAUAGUUCUGAAGGGGAGGACAUUUUCUUAAAGCUUGAAGCUCUUGCAGAAAUCAUAUCGAAAAUUAUAUAUAUGUGUGUAAUAUAUAUCUUCAGGUAUAUUCCAACUAAAAGCAAUAGAGAAAUAAAGAGACUGAAAAAAGAGAUUCAAGGCUUAAUUCUGAAGAUUGUGAAAGAAAGAAAAAAAGCGAUGACAACAGAAAAGGACUUGCUAUAAAUAGCAGCCGCAAAUAGCUGUUCAAGUCAAAAUGCAAUGGACACCUUCAUUGUUGACAACUGCAAGAACAUAUACUUCGCUGGCUAUGAAACCACUGUCUCUUCCGCAAUGUGGACCUUGCUGGCAAUAAAUUCCCAGUGGCAAGGUAAAGCUCGAGCAGAAGUUCUCGAAAUUUGUGGGGGACAGAUGCCAGAUGCUAACAUGCUUCGCAACAUGAAAAUUUUGACAAUGGUAAUUCAAGAGUCUCAGCGCCUUUACCCUCCGGCUCCAGUUCUAUCGAGGGAGGCAUUCGAAGGUGUAAAAUUUCAAGGAAUUGAUGUGCCUAAAGGAAUCAACAUUUGGAUAUCAACGAUAGCACUGCACUAUGAUGAGGAAAUAUGGGGAUCUGAUGCUAAUACCUUUAACCCUAAAAGGUUCGCUAAUGGUGUGAAUGGCUCAUGCAAGAGCCCUCAUGUUUAUGUUCCUUUCGGUUCGGGACCCCGGAUAUGUGUGGGACAGCACCUUGCCAUGUUUGAACUCAAAAUUCUUCUGGCUCUAAUGCUAUCCAACUUCUCAUUUUCCUUGUCACCUAAAUAUAACCAUUCCCCAUGUUUGAAGGCGGCUAUGGAGCCUAAAGAUGGAGUGAAUUUGAUCAUCAGGAAGCUUUAA